AUGGUAGUGCGGCCCAUGAUGCUGCGCUCUUCUGUUGCACCGGGACGACAGUUGCUGCUGUCCUCCGCUCGUCAGCGGACCGCCUCGCAAUGGCUGUCCAGAGCCGGAGCAAGCAGCCGGCUUUCAGGUCAGAGGUUCUUCGCCGAUAUUAAGCCCCCUACCACCGCUGCUCCUACGCCCGCUACUCCGUCUUCUGAGUCUGCUGUUCCCCCAGAGACCGUCCCUAAGCCAUCACCCACCGGACAAGAGUCCACUCUCCCUCCCUCUACUCCUCCUACCCCAGCUCCUAAGGGUGGACGCUUCCGCAGAUUCCUUCUCUACCUGCUGCUUACCUCCGGAUUCGCAUACGGUGGCGGCGUUUUCCUGGCUUUGAAAUUCGAUAACUUCCACGAUUUCUUUACCGAAUACAUUCCCUAUGGUGAGGAGAGUGUCCUUUACUUCGAAGAGCGUGACUUCUAUCGUCGAUUCCCCAACACUUUGAGAAACCAGAACCGCCUCAACCCGACCCCAAGGGAUGAAGGAAACAAGAUCACCAUCCCAAGCAAGAGCGGACUUACCUCGAAGGUCGCCGAGGAGGAGACGUCGGGAGCAGAUGUUUCCCAGAAGGGCCCUCAUAUGAGUGCCACUCCGGCUCCGAAGAGCUCCGAAGCGCAAACCAAGCCCGCCGCCGCUAAGCCCGAGGACAAGACCACAGCUGUUGUGAAGGCCAAGGAGGAGAAGGCCGCCAAGGUUGCUGAGAAGGAGGAACCCAGACAACCGGCCAUUCCUGCUGUUACCCCUCUCGAGUUUGCUCAGGUCAACGAGGGAGAUGAAGCGAUCGUCCAGGAGCUGGUGAAGACGUUCAACGACAUGAUUACCGUCAUCAGCGCUGAUGAGAACUCCGGCAAGUACUCUCAACCCGUGGCCAAGGCCAAGGAGGAACUCCAGAAGGUGGGAGAGAAGAUCAUCGCUGUUCGUGAGGAGGCCCGUCGUGCCGCUCAGGAAGAGAUUCAGCAGGCCCAUGCUACUUUCGAUGAGUCUGCUCGCGAGCUCAUCCGCCGUUUUGACGAAAUGCGUGCGGCCGAUGCCGCCCAGUACCGCGAGGAGUUUGAGGCUGAGCGCGAAAAGUUGGCCCAUGCCUACCAGGAGAAGAUCAGAACCGAAUUGCAGAGGGCUCAGGAGGUGGCCGAACAGCGCCUCAAGAACGAGCUGGUUGAGCAAGCCAUUGAGCUUAACCGCAAGUACCUGCACGAAGUCAAGGAGCUCGUGGAGCGAGAACGUGAAGGCCGUCUCAGCAAGCUGAACGAACUCACCGCCAACGUCAGCGAGCUGGAGAAGCUUACCUCUGGCUGGAGAGAGGUCAUUGACAGCAACCUCAGGACCCAACAACUCCAGGUGGCUGUUGAUGCCGUGCGUUCCGUUGUUGAUCGCUCUGCCGUUCCUCGCCCCUUCGUCCGCGAGCUUGUCGCCGUGAAGGAAUUGGCCGCUGAGGACCCCGUUGUUGAGGCUGCCAUCUCUUCUAUCAACCCUGCUGCUUACCAGCGUGGAAUCCCUUCGACCUCUCAGAUCAUUGAGCGCUUCCGUCGUGUCGCUGAUGAGGUGCGCAAGGCCAGCCUUCUGCCCGAGGAUGCAGGUAUCGCUAGUCACGCUGCCAGCGUUGUUCUGAGCAAGGUCAUGUUCAAGAAGGAUGCUGUUGCCGGUAGCGACGAUGUUGAGAGUGUGCUGUACCGGACCGAGAGCCUUCUGGAAGAAGGUAACCUCGAUGCUGCAGCUCGUGAAAUGAACAGUCUUUCGGGAUGGGCCAAGAUUCUGAGCAAGGACUGGCUUGUGGAUGUUCGUAGAGUGUUGGAAGUUAAGCAAGCUCUGGAGGUAAGGAUUCCCCCUAAAAGUUCCUGUCUGUCUAAAUGA